GUGGGGGUGGAGUCCCGGGGCUAGUUGUCGGAGGUUAGAGCUAACUUCUAGCGUCUUGGUCCUGGCUGUACAGAGCACGGCCUCCUCAUGGCUGAGGUGAAAGUGAAGACGCAGCCGCCGGAUGCGGACCCGGUGGAAAUAGAAAACAGGAUUAUAGAAUUAUGUCAUCAGUUCCCUCAUGGGAUUACAGACCAAGUUAUUCAGAAUGAGAUGCCUCACAUAGAAGCUCAACAGAGGGCAAUGGCCAUCAACAGACUCUUAUCUAUGGGACAGUUGGAUCUCUUAAGAAGCAACACAGGCCUUCUUUAUAGAAUAAAAGAAUCUCAGAAUACUGGUAAAAUGAAGGGAUCAGAUAACCAAGAGAAGCUAGUGUAUCAAAUCAUAGAAGAUGCUGGAAACAAAGGUAUCUGGAGCAGAGAUAUUCGAUAUAAAAGUAACUUGCCAUUAACAGAAAUAAACAAAAUAUUAAAGAAUUUGGAGAGUAAAAAGCUUAUCAAAGCUGUUAAAUCUGUGGCAGCCUCAAAGAAAAAGGUUUAUAUGCUGUAUAAUUUACAACCUGAUAGAUCAGUAACUGGUGGAGCCUGGUAUAGUGACCAAGAUUUUGAAUCUGAAUUUGUAGAAGUGCUGAACCAACAGUGUUUUAAAUUUUUACAGAGCAAGGCAGAAACAGCCAGAGAAAGCAAACAGAACCCCAUGAUACAAAGAAACAGUUCAUUUGCUUCAUCUCAUGAAGUGUGGAAAUAUAUUUGUGAACUAGGCAUUAGUAAGGUAGAGUUGUCCAUGGAAGAUAUUGAAACAAUUUUGAACACACUUAUUUAUGAUGGCAAAGUGGAAAUGACAAUCAUUGCUGCAAAGGAAGGUACAGUUGGAAGUGUUGAUGGACAUAUGAAACUCUAUAGAGCUGUUAGUCCAAUCAUACAGCCUACUGGCUUAGUCCGAGCACCCUGUGGACUCUGUCCGGUUUUUGAUGACUGCCAUGAAGGUGGUGAAAUUUCACCAUCAAAUUGUAUUUAUAUGACAGAGUGGCUGGAAUUUUAAUAGCAAAAUGUGCUUUCUACUCACAUUUUACAAAUGCAAGAAGAAAAUGAAGUUAUUUUGAAAACCCAGAAUUGUAUUUAUCAUGAAGUAUUGAAGUUGGUUAAAAGCAAACUUCACUAAAAGAAGUAUAGAUUUCCUGCUGUGAAGAACAUAUUAGUAUUUAUGAAGAUUAAAAAUUCUGAUAUCUAUUGAUGAGUGGGCCAAAAGUACAUGAAGCAGCUAUUACAGAUUAAUGGUGAAACCAUUUCUCCUACUAAUAAAGGACCAUGAAAAUAUAAGGAAUUCACUUACCAAGCUGUCAAAAGGGAUUAUUUUUGAGCGGUUGUUAAGAGGAAAAUAAACUCCAAGAUAAUUCUGACAGUUGCCAAGGACAGGGGUAACAAAGGGAACUUGAAAUUUCCCCUCCUAUGUUGUUGCUAGAGACAAGGAGUUUUGAGCUGAUUAAUGUAAAUAUUGUCAACAAGCAUUCUAUCUGGUUCACUUCCACCAUUAUCACUUUCCCUUCAUCAACUGAGGAAGAAGUUGAAAGCUUCCAAAUGAAAAGGCUGAAAGGUGGUAGAAGCAGCAACAGCAAAGCCAACAAAUGCAGACUAGGUGGAUAUGUGGAAAGGUUAGGCAUUGUUGCCCCAAAACACUCUCUCUAUUCCCAGGUAAUGAAAUGGAAAAGCAUUUGAAAAGAAAGCACUUACUGUUUGGCAAGAAUAGUGCUAAAUUCUGAAGACACACAAAAAGAAAGGGAGAUGGUUCCUGCCUUCAAGGAGUUCACACUGUAAUUGGGGUAGACAGCACAUAAAGGAGAAUUCAGCUUCAUGGCAGAUGAAAAGGCCAUGAGUCCAGCUGACAAAACAGCAAGGCAGAUGGUAAGGCUUGUGGACCUUGGGGAGCAGUGACGGGCCCGAUAGUCCUCAAGCAAUGAUUAUUGGGAAGGGGGUGUUUGGGUGGGCCCAAGGGUUAAAGUGGAGUGUCUGGGUUACCUCCAGCCAAGAUGGGGGUGGUGAGGAAGGAAUAGGAGCAGGUCAGCAUGCAGUUAAAAGUGGAUAUCCAUUGCUUGGUGGGAGCUUGGGAACUGGACAUUUGGGAUUCAGUUGGGGAUGGGGAAAGUUUCCCCACAAUCAAUUCAUACUGGCCCCUCUAGGUGCCCCUUGGUGGACUGAGACAAGUGAUAGUAUGGUCCUCGUUUCCCUGCCAUGGUGGCUGCUAGCACUGGUCUCUUUUCAGGCCAUGCUGCUGUUGGGCUGGGGCAGAGAAGUAGUCUAACAAUGAUUACCAAGGGUAUAUAUUUUUUCAGUGUAUAGAUGUUAAUUACUAUCCUUGUUUAGUAAAAUCAUUUCAUUUGAAACAUUUGCUUUAUUUCAUAGUAUCCUAAGCUUAACUAACUCAAUGGUUCAGUUCCAUUAUUGCCUGUCAUUCUUAUUUAAUGAGAAAUCAUAAUUGCUCUUGGAAAUAACGUUACAUAUUGAGCUUUAAAAGGGUGGUAGCCUAGAAAAAUAAAGUUGGCCUUUCUCAGUAUAGAUUGGAUAAUUUUGUGUGUUUACUAUUCCUUUUACUCCCUCUGUGGUGUUUAACGUGAUAUGGACUGAUGACAAUUUCAUCAAGGUGUAAAUUCCCUGAUUCCAUUCUCUCCUUAUUGGUUCAUCCAGUGCUAGUUGUUUUCAUCCUUGAACAAAUCCUUCACAGCUUCCAGCAUUCUGGAAGCCUUUUUCUAGGCCUUUUAUAUUUCGUGGAUGAUAUUUUGUACAAUACAAAUGUAUCAUCCAUCAAGCUUUUGCCACAUUACUAGCCCAUCUUUUUUUUCCUGUUAUGUCCUUGGUAUCUUUUAUACUACUUCACUAGAGGGAGGGAUGGAGGGAGGGAAAUGAGUCUUUAUGAAGCACCUACUAUGUGUCAGAUACUGUGCCAAGUACUUUACAAAUGUUAUCUCAUUUGAUUCUCUAGUGCUAGUCAUCAAUGAUAUGCUGAAGGAGGAAUCUGCAGACUAUAUCAUGAGGACAGUAGGCUGCCUAU